AAAAAUUUGGCCCAAUAUUCAUUCUUUUUGGUCAAUGUGACGGUGACAGUGGCGUGGUGUCUUUGUUGAAAUAAGUAAUACGUAAUGGUUUUCUCCUAUAAUUGUGCAAAUUGCUGUAUGAUUAUUAGCGUCUGGGGCACUAUACAGCUGAUAAUUAUGGGAACAUUGUACAAAAAGGAAAUGUUAACAUUGCUUGACGACGUGGAAGCUGAGGAGUACAGUAAUUAUGAGGACUUCAUAAAAAAGACACAUGAAAAUUAUCAAAAGGUAGCCAGAAAUUGUUGGAUUGCCGCUUCUAUUUAUUUCGUGGUGUUUAUCAUAUCCUACAUAUGUGUUAAAAAAACGAAAAAAAUUAAGAUUAAGACCGCUCUUGAAUUGGAAGAUGAUGAAAUCAGUUGUCGAUCACCGACCGCUAUGCAACUACGCUGAAAAUUAGUAAUCUUACCAAACUUAUUUAAAUUCAGUACCUAUCUGAAAUUAAACCUAUCAGAAAUAGAAAUAAAUGUACCUACGUCACUACCUUCAUAGGUAUAUAAUAAACUUAUGUUUUUCGGGUAUAUCAAUGUAAUGAAGUACUUCUCAAUACAGAAACUAUUAAUUAAUCUUCAGUGUAUAAUGGCUUGGACAUUAUUUUGCUUAGCUGUUGGUAAAUGUUAAAUAACGCUACCAUUUACUUAGUUAUUGUAGCAGAACGAUUUAUAUAGCCAGAAUAGCCAAUUUUAUAUUUUAAUUAUCCUUUAAAUAAAAGAUAAGUCUUUGUAAA